GUCAAUUCAUCCAGAACCUGUACAAUCUUGCAAACCGUCUGGGCCUGACGACCGGUUCUUGGCAACGAUCCUUGAGCUUGAGAUCCUUGAGCCUGAGGAGAUCCUGGAUAGCGGAAGGUCGAAAUCAAAAUCAGACCUUCUCAUCUCACAAUUUGCAAACUCGCAAAAGCAAAAACGAAACGCAAGCAACUAUCAUAAUAGCUACAGAUUCGCAAGAAUACUUCGGUAAGCAACGAACUCGCGCACCAUGAUGUUCAAGUCUAUUCUUUUGAGCGCCCUUGUCCUCCUUGGUUUGUCCGGUCCUGUUCUUGGCCGCAUUGGAGAGGAAGACGAUGCGGAGAGAAGUCUUGGGAGCGACGACCAGAGGUGGCUUUGCAGGGUGGACCGUGUUCGUUUUUUUAAGACAUUGAAUGAUAAUGGAGAUGAAGAAGAGUAUGAGCUGCAACUUGACUAUGAUUUCUUUAGUUGGAGUAACGUCCUUGCUUGGAAUAGGUAUUUUUGGAAAGUCGACAACGUUUACUUCAAGAGCGAAAUCGUGCAAGCAGAGCAUGACAAGCACAUCACGGAACCUGACAGUUACAAGGCAAACCGUUUUUACGAUGCAUACAUGCUGAACUACUUCGGCGAACCUUGCAAUCCCCCAACCGACACGGAGUCCACAAACUAUGACGUUGUGGACGGAGGCUUCUAUGGCUGUUACAUUUAUCGCAACUUCGGGAGCAUAUUAUCGGAAAGUAGGGCAAAUGGCAAUUGGUGCUGGGACCCAGCUCAGUCUGAUAAGAUGAAGCUCCAUGCUAGUUUUUAUGUUCGAGAGAUGGAUGCUGGCUCUACUGACCUUGGAAGCCAAAUGUACUAUCAAUCGCAUGAUGAUGGUUGGGAGCUCCAUCCCAGUGCAAACAGUAACGGCAACUGGCACAGGUAUUUCACAAAGGACUCAAGUGAUGGGCGCAAGACCAGGGUCAUCGUUCAAUGCUGGACGGAGGAGGGAUCGUGCCAGGACAUUGGUUAUGACACUUACUUUGGCUCUGACGAUUAAAGUGCAUCCUGGUGGGUGAAAAGGCCGGGUGUGAUGAACAGGAUCAUCGGUAAUUGGACAAGUGAAACGAAAACUGUGCGACGAACAAAGAGAGAUCAUUGAGUGAUCAAGACGCUGGACAACGGACUCGGAAAGGAAUACAUCAGAUACAUCAGAUACAUUAAAAAGAAGAACAGGAAAGAGUCGGAGACACGAAUAAGGACGAGUCAAGGAGGUAGUAUUUGUAAUACAUCAUAAGCAAAGCUGUAAUGGCAAGACAUCUUUAGAUGUAA